AUGCCUUUGCCACACUUUGUGAGCUUCUCCAGGUUCCAGUCCUCGCAUGGGGACAGUAGCAGUGAGCGGUUUACCUUCUUUGCCACUGUCUGCAACAUGAUCUUAUUCUGCAAAUUAAAAAUGGGCUACCAGUACCACCAAGCGGCCAUUGCAAACCUCUGCUUUGUGGGAGCUUGUACCAUCACGCCUGUCCUGGUAGGCUGGUCAGCAGAGUUGUUCAUUGGAAGAACAAGAGUGAUUUAUAUCUGCACUUUCCUGCACUUUGCAGGAACGGUUCUGCUGCCAGUAGUUGCAUUCCCCUUUGAGGACUUUUACAUAGACAUGCAUCACAUCGCGCACACACUGGCUCGGAGGGAGCAAACUCUUCUUUUCAAUGCUGGACUUAUGGCAUCCAUUGGAACCGGAGGGAUUCGAGCCAUCAUCUGCCCUUUAAGUGCCUAUGGUCUCCUGGGCUAUAAACAGAAGGAGCUGAUGUCAUUUUUUAACUGGUUUUAUUGGCUCGUUAAUCUUAAUUCCCUGGUUGUGUUUGUGGGAAUCUCCUAUAUACAACAGUCUGUGGCCAAGAAUUUAGGAUUCCUGAUUCCAUUUAUGUCCAUUGUUAUGGCCUUAAUUACCAUUCAUAUGGUGCGUAAUGAGCUAAUCUUCCAGCCAGUAACAGGUAAUUCUCUUGCAACAACGCUUGGUGUGUUUGUAAAUGCCGGAAGGAUGUGCUGCAUUCAUUACCGUCAUGUCGGGGGACAGGUCUCCAGCUGGAUAGAUCGUGCUAAGGAAUAUAAUGGUGGUCGUUACAGCGAGUCCCAUGUGGAAAAUGCUAAGGUGCUGCUAAGGCUCCUCCCACUUUUUGUAUUGCAGGUUCUGUACAGAAUAUGUACUGCUCAGGCUUCAUCUGGAUAUUUUAUUCAGUCUAUGAACUCUAAUCUAAGUCUCAACGGGUUCCUGCUGCCCAUCGCUGCCAUGAAAGUCAUAAGUAUAAUCCCAGUCAUUCUUCUGGCCCCUUGUCUGGGGAGAGUCCAUUCCUUCCUGUUCUCCAAACGAGGUUACAAGCAGCUACCCUGCAUGGCCAUAGUUUGUGGUCACGUUGCUGCUGCGCUGUCCCUGCUAAUUGCUGGUAUCUAUGAAAUUCAUCGCAAGUGGUUCCCUCUGGUGGAACAGACCCUAUCAGGAAAGAUUUUGUUAGUGUCUUCCAUGUCCUGCCUCCACCUGGCUCCACAAUAUAUUUUCCUAGGAAUGGCAGAAGUUAUGGUGGCUCCUGCUUGUUCUUUUAUCACAUUCUGCCUGGCUCCACGCAGUAUCAGGGGUGUUUGUAUGGCAGUUAUGACUGUGUUUCAGGCACUUGGCUGCUUUAUUGGAGCUUUACUGAUUAAAAUUGUGUUUUCAGCAUCAGAAGGGGACUGGUUUCCAGACAUCUUGUCAAGUGGUCACUUAGAGCACUUCUUCUUCUUCUUGGCCUCUGCAAUGCUCUUGAAUUCUUUGGCUUUCUGGCAAAUAUCUUACAGGUACUGGGACCUAGAUGAUCACAAUGACCAAGGAUUUAGACCAAGUCUUCUGGAGGAGAAGCUGCUGCUCCAUGAGAAGUCACUCAAGUUCUAUGAGACUUUUCUGGCCUGGCCAGCAACACUUGGCCCAUUAGAGACAACAUUAUAG